GCGAUGGCUAGCCGACUCGAUACAACAUCAAGUUUCAAGUCUGUGGCACCAUUCACCGCAAAAAGCGUCCUCCAGACCCCGGACGAUUUCAAAUUCGCAUCUCGCCAAACACAAAGAGGAUCCCUAGCCCCCAGAGAUCUCAAAGAGCAAGAUGACUGGGCACAAAGAAUGAUCAAGCUUGUUGGCGUCUGCCCCGAAAACAAUGACUGGGCCCGAAAGGAAAAUCCGGGAGGAUUUCAGUGUUUGGGCGGAGGUCACAGUAUGACCGAUGAGUUGCUGGCUGAGGGACUGGGUGGUAUCUUGGCGCAUCCUGCAAGGAAAUGGGGAGAGAGUAAGGGACCCUACUAUCCAGACCCCAAUACUGGAAAGUACACGAGAGGAGUGUGAAC